CACUGGUUGAGCCGAGUUCGCCUGGCCAGGGCUGCGCGCGAGUUCAGAGUGGCAACAUAAAGGAUCAGCUGAAGUGCGGAAGUAAAAGACCAGUGACGCCGUCAUGUUUCCGUCUGCUGCUUCCCGUGUCCUGAGUGGAAACAAAAACACGGCCAAAGAAGAAGCCUGAAGAAAACAGCACAAUAUGCACACAAUGACCGGCCAACUGGGAGAAGAUGGGACGUCCCACCAUGCUUUUGUCCCCCGCCAGAGGAAAACUUCAAUCGCCGUGUUUCUCCGCCCUCAUUGGCCAGUUUAUUAGAUCCCUGAAGCCUGAAGGGAGGGAUCCUCUCCCCGAUUGGUCCUUGGAGCCGUCGGCCUAUCGGAUUUUGUCAGGCGGCGUCUCCUGUGCAGCAGAUUCCAACAGGACAGUGGAGGAUCAGCGAGUCUUCAUUCUGAGCGCUGGUGUUCAUCAUGGAGGUGCCCAGGAUGCCUCAACCCGUCCCCUUCCCCCGGACUAUUCAUAACAUCGUCUCCUCAACGCGGUCUCCCCAGGGAGCAGUCGACAGCAUCACCGCCAGCGACACCCAGGGAGGAAAUCUCCAGGAGGAGAAGGACGAAAGCGCGGAGGACGAUCCACUCGGAGAGGACGGGGAGGUCACGGACGAGGCCGACCGCUCCGAUGUGGACCUGUCCUCCCGAGAGAGUUUUUUAGAGGAGCGUUCCGUGUCCGAGGAGGGGGUGUCAGCGGAGGAGGCUGACAGGAAGGCGGAGGAAGAAGAAGCGGCCAGAGAGAGGGCGUCCCAGAGGCAGCUGAUGGCCAUCCAGGAGCUGGUGCACUCUGAGAGGAACUACCUACGUCUGCUUCAGAUCAGCACUGUCACAAUCAGGAGCAACCUGCAGAAACUACAGCCUCCGCUCGCCAACUUGGACAGCAUGUUCCUCUAUAUCGAGGACGUGAUCGACGUGUCGAGUCGCCUCCUCAGCCUGUUGGAUCAGAGGCAGAUGCAGCCUGGAGAUCCGCUCUUCCUGGAGGCACUUUGUAACACCUUCCUCAGCCUGUCCUCUGAAAUCGAGGCGGCCUACAAGGAGUACCUGACCAACUACAACCGCGUCACCGUGGUGGAGAACUCCUACAAGCAGAAGGAGGCGCUGUGGGACGAGAUCGUCAAAGUCAUCAAGAUGUCGGCGCCCGAAGUGAACGCCACCUCCUUGAGUUUCUUCCUGGUGAUGCCGGUGCAGCGCAUCGCCCGCUACCCUCUUCUCCUACAGACCAUCCAGAAGCACACGGACACGCGUCACCCAGCAUACGAGCUCCUGGAGCGGACGGCUCACACCUCCGUCGCCCUCAACUGUCACAUCAACGAGUACAAGCGCUUCCGGGAAGUCGCCGACAAGUACAAGAAGACGGAGACGCUGAGCAUCAUGGACAAGUUCAACCGCUUGAACUCCCACAGCAUCGCCAAGAAAACAGCCAGGAUUAGACAGUUCCUCAAACACGAGACUGGGAUGGUUCCCAAGCUGGUGGACGAGGAGUUUGAUGCUCUAGAAUACUUCUUUUACGUCCUGGAGCACGGCAUCUUGCAGCUGCUGGACAACGUGGAGCUGUACCUCCACCACCUUCAGAGGUUCCUGCAGUGCAAAACGGAGGAGUUUGACUUGGACAUGGACGGCGAAAAGGCCCCCAUUUGCUACAAGGAGAUCACGACCGCCCUCAGGCAGUGGAUCCUCCCCACAUUUGAGAAGAGGAUGAGGACGCUGAUCCACAAGCCUCUCUGCGCGCUCCGUGACCUCCUGGUGGGCCCGAGGAACCUGAUCCGGAAGAGGCUGGACAAGCUGCUGGACUAUGAAGUGAUUGAGGCCAAAUCUUCUCUGAGCUACGAGGAACAAGCCAUUGCCAACACGUACAAGACCAUCAACACCUUGCUGCUUAACGAGCUGCCGAAGUUUAACGGCUUGGCGCUGCAGAUGAUUUGGCGCAUGCUGGGCGCGUUCAGCUGCCUGCACAGAGACCUCACCUGCGACAUGGAGCAACUCUUCCAAAGCUUCGCCCAACAGCUUCCCCACAGCUCUCUGGAGAAUGGUGUGUUCUGGGAGUGGGCGGAGUCAGCGGUGCUGGAGGGUUCAAGGAGACUGGAGACUUUGUGUCACGGUGUGGAGGAGACGCUCCUGGCUCCCGCCACGCAGCCUCUCGGCACGACCUCGCAACUCCGGCUGAAGCAGCUGACGGACAAGCACGGCUCUGACAAGAUCUACCAGGUGAUGAGCGCCGUGGUGGGCAGCCGGGACCUGGACCUGAGCCUGGCCAAAGGAGAGCUGGUGGCCGUCAUCAGCCAGGCCGACAGCCGCGGGGACAGCCGCAGGUGGCUGGUGGACGCCGGAGGCCGGCGAGGCUACGUGCCGUCCUCAAGGCUGAUCCGCUAUCAUCAGCCGGCAGAAGAGCCGCCCCCGUCGCCUCACCCGCCCUCGCCGCAAGGUGCCGUAUGCGUCAGGAGGCACUCGUACACACCGGAGCUACGACACACUGCGACGGUGCACAGCCAGCCCUGCUUCCAGGUGUUUGCGGCCUACAACUUCACAGCGAGGGGAAACCACGAAGUCUCCGUGGUGGCGGGCGAGCCGGUCCGGGUCCUGGAGCCUCACGACAAGAGAGGGAGCCGCGAGUGGAGCCUGGUGGAGGUGAGAGGCAGGCGGAGGGGCUACGUGCCCUCCAACUACCUCGCCCUGGUGCCGGCGACGGCGGCGGCGAGCUCGCCCGUCGGCGCCUACCAGCCGGGCUGCUGACGACCACAGCUGCACUCCACUCGUUUUAAAUGGAACACAGCAGAGACUCCCCAUGCUACUAUGCUGCCUCCUGGUGGUGUGGAGUGGGAAGAGCAAGCGUCACGUUAUCUCUUGACUGGAACGCCAUGGUCAUGCACUGCAAGAACGAGUUAGCAAUGCUAACGCUAACAAUGCUACCUCGCAGUAUAUGACAAGUGGAGUCCUUUUUCGUCCUCCGUGUGCGAGUAAGGACGAGUAAGUAUGGAGGUAGAUUUGUGUCUUUAUUACGAAAGGUUUUUUUUAGACACUGAAUUUAUGUAGCUUAAAAUAUGCUAUUUCAUUGAAAAAAAAUUGUUAGCCAAAUGUGUGUAUAAAAAUUAAGUGUUUUAAAAUUUGUGUUUAAAAAUUCAGUGUAAAAAAACUUGCUGCCUGAAAAAGCAAGAUUUAAAAUUCAUUGCUUAAAAAUUCAGUGUAAAAAAAAAUUCAGGUUAAAAAAAUUUGCUGCCUGAUAAAGCAAGAUUUAAAAUUAAUUGUUUAAAAAUUCAGUGUAAAAAAAUUUGCUGCGUAAAAAAGCAAGAUUUAAAAUUCAUUGUUUAAAAAUUCAGUGUAAAAAAAAUUCAGUGUAAAAAAAUUUGCUGCCUGAAAAAGCAAGAUUUAAAAUUAAUUGUUUAAAAAUUCAGUGUAAAAAAAUUAGCUGCCUGAAAAAGCAAGAUUUAAAAUUAAUUGUUUAAAAAUUCAGUGUAAAAAAAAUUCAGUGUGAAAAAAUUAGCUGCCUGAAAAAGCAAGAUUUAAAAUUCAUUGUUUAAAAAUUCAGUGUAAAAAGAAAUUCAGGGUAAAAAAAUUUGCUGCCUGAAAAAGCAAGAUUUAAAAUUAAUUGUUUAAAAAUUCAGUGUAAAAUAAUUAACUGCCUGAAAAAGUAAGAUUUAAAAUUUGUUGUUUAAAAAGUCAGUGUAAAAAAAAUUCAGUGUAAAAAAAUUUGCUGCCUGAAAAAGCAAGAUUUAAAAUUCAUUGUUUAAAAUAUCAGUGUAAAAAAAUUUGCUGCCUGAAAAAGCAAGAUUUAAAAUUAAUUGUUUAAAAAUUCAGUGUAAAAAAAAUUCAGUGUAAAAAAAUUAGCUGCCUGAAAAAGCAAGAUUUAAAAUUCAUUGUUUAAAAAUUCAGUGUAAAAAAAAUUCAGUGUAAAAAAAAUGUGCUGCCUGAAAAAGCUAGAUUUAAAAUUGUUUAAAAAUUCAGUGUAAAAAAAAUUCAGUGUAAAAAAAUUAGCUGCCUGAAAAAGCAAGAUUUAAAAUUCAUUGUUUAAAAUUUCAGUGUAAAAAAAUUUGCUGCCUGAAAAAGCAAGAUUUAAAAUUAAUUGUUUAAAAAUUCAGUAUAAAAAAAAUUCAGUGUAAAAAAAUUAGCUGCCUGAAAAAGCAAGAUUUAAAAUUCAUUGUUUAAAAAUUCAAUGUAAAAAAAAAUUCAGUGUAAAAAGAAUUCAGUGUAAAAAAAUGUGCUGCCUGAAAAAGCUAGUUUUAAAAUUCAUUGUUUAAAAAUUCAGUGUAAAAAAAAUUGCUGCUUGAAAGAGCAAGACCCACUUUUGGUAAAUUAAGACUGAAGUAAACGAUCAUGUCUCAGAAGGAUUAGGGUUAAAUGUUUAUUAUGUUGUAUGAUGCCCAGGUAGCCCAGUUAACUGCCUUUUUUUAACAAUCAAUUAAUCAACAAAAGUUUAUUUAUAUGGCCCUUAAUCACAGGUGUCUCAAAGGGCUGCACAAGCCACAAUGACAUCCCCGGCUCAGAUCCCACAUCAGGGCAAGAAAAAAACUCAACCCAUAUGCUGUUUAGCAACACCCGUAUCAAAUGACUUCAAACUUGACACCUCAUUGGCUGGUUCUGAGGCACGCUCGAUUGCUUCUGUCUGGAUUUAUCGGAAGUGAGUCUUGCUUUUUGAAGCAGCAAACAUUUUUUUACACUGGAUUUUAAAACACUGCAUUUUUAUAUACGCAGAAUUUUUAAACACGUAUUUUGCUGACACAUUUUUUUUUUCAAUUAAAUUGUUCGCAUGAUUGGAAGUAAAAAAAAUUCAGUUCCCAAAAUUCAAAACGCAAAGAAAUUCAGUGUCAAAAAAAACACUUUUGUAAUAAGGACACAAAUUCACCUCCAUGAAUAAGAUCUCUCCAUCCCGAGACACUGGUUGACAGUUGGAGGAAAAACAAUGACUCAAAGAAAAGGUGUGGCAGAACAGCCAGAAAAAGCCAAAGAAGAAGCAAAAUAGAGACAAUAGUCGCUUUGUGCGACUGAAAGGUGCGCUUUUCUCAGAAACGUCGGAAUAUUGGGACGUCAACGGACUCGAGCGCUUUCACUGUGUUUUUAUGUAAUGGCCGUAAACGAAGGACGUUUUGUGUUGCGACGAAAAACGUCAGCGCGACUACAGCAGGACACCUGAGCCGCCUGCAGCAAGAUGUCAGAAAACUGCAUGGUCAUGCUAGCGUGCUCACGACGACGCUGCUGUUAUGAAGUCAGCAGGUGUGUGCGCGUGUGCACCUGGAGGGGACAGGAGCAGCAUCCCUGCAUGCAGACUAGUGAUGUGCGGAUUGAUACUGAAAUAUCAUACCAGAUAUUUAUGCUCUAAUAUCGAUUCUCAAAUCAAAAUAUCGACACACUUGAUACUUUUGUUCAGGGGUGUCCAAACUGCGGCUGGCCGGCAUCUCCGAUUUGGCCCGUGAGUCAGCACGAGCUCAACAAGCAGUCCUGUGCAGGGUGUUUACAUCCAUCCAUUUACUACCGCUUGUCCCUUUCGGGGUGCUGUUUGAUAGGUGCUUAUUUGUCGCCAUCUUGUGCACAACGUGAGGCCAGGCCAGUGGACACACAACAUGCCCAGCAUUUACUUGUAUGACCCAAUCCAAACAACCUUCCCUAGUUGAGGCGCAGGAAAAAAAUAAAGAAUCAACAAACAUGUCACACAUACCGCAACCUGCUCACUGAACUUUGUGGAUAUGAUUAAAAAAAACAGCCAACCACCAUAAAAAAUUCAAAAUUACAGCCACUUUAAUCCAUUGCAAGGCAUGAUGGGAAAAAUGCAAAAAACUCUCUCCACACUUACCCUCUUCGGCACAUUUUAGCUGCUUGAUAUUUCUGAUUGAUUACAAAACUUUGCAAAGGUAAACAAGCUAGGAGUUGAACUUUCACAUGCUCUUAAUAUUCAAUUCUAAUAAUUAUUAAAUAUA